UUAAGGAUCAAGGCAAAAGGAGCAAGCAGAUAAGAUGAUUUCUGUCUUGGGUUCCUCACUACCCGUCCCCCGGACCGAAUGAACUUGCCCUGGGCAAAGAAGUGAAGUCUACUAGCUGAGUUAACCGCGUGCUACGGCGCGUUAGUUCAAAUUGAGUGCUGAGGAUGUCUUGGGCAAGGGACUCUCUGCUGUUGGCAUUCCUUGCCGCCGUUCUUGGAACCUGCAGGGUCGGGGGAACGGUGCUCAACCCCCCUUACUUCAACAUAGCAGAAAAUCGAAAAAUCACCGCGUCCGCAACCUGUGGCGAAGGGGUGUCUGAACCCGAGCUGUAUUGUAAACUAGUGGGGGCGAACACAGGACAACAAGACAACCCCAAUGUGAAUGUAAUCUUCGGCCAGGUUUGCGAUUUCUGCGACCCUGAUGACCCUAAAAGAGCCCACCCUCCCCAACAUGCUAUUGACGGAACGGAAAACUGGUGGCAGAGCCCGCCACUCAGCAGGGGGAAUAAGUACAAUGAAGUUAAUUUGACCAUCCAUCUAGGACAGGAAUUCCAUGUCGCCUAUGUGUUUAUUAAAAUGGGAAAUUCUCCAAGACCCGGGGUCUGGAUCCUGGAACGAUCCACUGAUUACGGAGAGACGUAUGAACCCUGGCAAUACUUUGCUGACACCAAAGCCGACUGUCUCAUCAACUUUGGACCCGAAUCCUUGAAACCUUUGGUGGCCGAUGAUUCUGUCAUCUGUGAAACAAAAUUUUCCAAAGUUGUACCUUUGGAAGGUGGAGAGAUUGUCGUUUCCUUAUUAAAUGACCGUCCAAACGCUGACAACUUCUCACAUUCCGCCAUACUGCAAGAAUGGACAAAGGCCACUAAUAUCAGAUUGAGGUUGCUACGCACAAAAACUUUGCUUGGACAUUUGAUGUCAGUUGCUCGUCAGGAUCCAACUGUUACUAGGAGAUACUUCUACAGUAUCAAGGAUAUCAAUAUUGGAGGACGCUGCGUUUGUAACGGAUUUGCCGAAAGCUGUGAUUUGACUGAUCCAAGAGACCCUUACAAACUUCUUUGCCGUUGUCAACACAACACGUGCGGUCCUCAGUGUGAACAGUGCUGUCCGGGCUUCCAACAGAAGAAAUGGCGACGUGCCAUUAUAGGCAGUCCUUUUGUCUGUGAACCUUGUAACUGUUUUGGACAUUCUGAUGAAUGUGAAUAUGAUGAAGAAGUGGACAGAACCAGGAAAAGUUUGGACAUCCACGGGUAUUAUGAAGGUGGAGGCGUGUGUAAAAACUGCCGUCAUAACACCAUGGGCAUUAACUGCAACCAAUGUAAACCAACAUUUUACCGACCUUAUGGAAAACUUCUCAAUGCAACGGAUGUCUGUCAGCCUUGUAAUUGUGACCUCGCCUUCUCUACUGGAAACUGUGCUGAUGGAAAUGGCCAGUGCGAGUGCAGGAAAGAGUUUCUACCUCCUAGAUGCGACCAGUGCAACCACGGAUACUACGGGUACCCAUACUGCAAACCUUGCGAUUGCAAUUCCAAUGGUACUCUCGGCAACGUGUGUGAAGUUGGAGGUGGACAAUGUCCUUGUAAGCCAAAUUACGCUGGCCUGAACUGCGAUAGAUGCCAAGAAGGAUUUUAUGGAUUUCCGAACUGUUUACCUUGUAAUUGCAAUCCAUCUACAUCAGUGAAAGCUAUAUGUGAACAAGAUGGUGGACAAUGUCACUGCAGAGCAAACUACGGAGGUCGCCAGUGCGAUAUGUGCCAUGCUGGUUAUUACAACUAUCCCCGCUGUGACUAUUGCUCAUGCGAUCCUACGGGGUGCCUUGAAGAAAUCUGUGAUAAUGUUACUGGCAAAUGUCUGUGCAAACCAGGUUAUGCAGGACCAAGCUGUGACCGCUGUGCUCCUGGUUAUUUCGGAUACCCAGUUUGUCAAGAAUGCAACUGCCAUGAAUCUGGCUCAAGAAACAAUAUUUGCGACGCUAGUGGACGAUGCCAGUGUCUUCCAAACUAUUCUGGACUUAAAUGUGAUCAGUGCUCACCGGGAUCCUAUAACUUUCCUGAAUGCAACUUUUGCAACUGUGAACCCGUUGGAUCCAUUGGUGUUUCUUGCAGCAACGAAGGCGAAUGUGUGUGCAGACCUAAUUUUGACUACCAGAAAUGUGAUGUAUGCAAGGAAGGCUUUUAUAAUUAUCCCUAUUGUGAAGAGUGUAAUUGCAAUCCAGCCGGAGUAUUACCUACCUUCUUAGGUUGUGGAAGCGCCACAAGUGGGAAACUGUGCGAAUGCAAAGAACGAGUCGCCGGUCGCAUCUGUAACGAGUGCAAACCAUUGUAUUGGAACCUCAAGAUCAGCAAUCCGCUUGGAUGUGAAGAUUGCAACUGUUACUUAGGUGGCACUGUGGCUGGCAUCGCUGUCUGCGCUAGAUCUGAUGGUCAAUGCCAGUGCAAACCGAACGUCGGAUCGAGGGAAUGUUCUCAGUGUAUUGAUGGAACCUAUCAGUUGGAUGACAAUGAUCUGUUCGGUUGUAAAGAUUGUGGUUGCAACAUUGGAGGUUCUGUGAACAAUAUAUGUGACAAACAGACUGGUCAGUGCCCAUGCAAGCCUAGAAUAACUGGGCGACAGUGCGACAGACCUCUCGAUACUCAUUAUUUCCCGACACUGUUUCAACACCAAUUUGAAAUUGAAGAUGGAAGAACUCCAGUUGGAACCCAAGUUCGGUACGGUUAUGAUGAAAAUGUCUUCCCUGGCUUUUCAUGGAGAGGCUACGCUGUAUUUUCAGAUAUUCAGAAAGAAGUUCUUUUGGAUAUAUAUAUUGAAAAGCCCAGUCUUUAUCAGGUUUAUUUGUAUUAUCUGAACUUUGGCGGAGAAAAUGUUUAUGGUAUUAUUACAUUUACCCCAGAAACUUUUGGAGAUAUCCAGCAGAGUUAUGACAUGCUGUUCGAAGUAACAACACGCCCCAAGUUCAUGAAAGUCUCCGGGAAGCAAGGUCUUGUUGCAUCACCCUUCGUUUUGAAUCCUGGACGUUGGACUGUGUCAAUAAGAGUUGAGAAACCUUUGUUCCUGGAUUAUAUGGUGCUGCUACCUGAAGCGUACUACGAAGCCACAAUUUUGCGGGAAGAUGUAUCCAGCCCAUGUACUGUACAUGGUGAAAAUUCAGAAGUGUGUCUCUUGCACAGAUAUCCCCCAUUCCCAGUGGAGGCUGAAAUCGUGCGAGGCGAAAUCGGAUAUGUACUCGAUGAUGAUGAAAGGAGGCCUACUCUCAUUUUUGAUGAACAAGAAGUUUUGUCUGAACUUCAAACUGGUCGAAUGGCUUUAAUCGGCAAACAACAAAAUAAUUUGAACUUGGACUAUAACAUCGCCCAACCAGGAGCUUAUGUAAUGAUCAUAUCUUACCAUACACCGGAAAAAGGCAAAAGUGUCAGAGCAACAGUCGAUAUCAAAACGGCAUCCGAUCAAAUUCAGCAGGGCUAUGCAACAUUCUACGACUGUGGAUAUUCCUUCCUUUGUCGACUUGUGGUAGUUGACGACCAGGGAGAAGUGGCUGAAUUCAAUCUGGACUCCAAUAAUGCCAACGUAGCCAUCAACGUGCUUGACGAUUACAGUGACAUUACUAUUGAUGAUGUUGCUUUUGUACCAGCAAACUUGUGGCAUAUGGAUUAUGUCGUUCCCAAACCUUUGUGCAUCCGGCGGGAUGGAUCCUGCAUCGAAUCUGAAUACCUACCAGUGCCUGAAUCUACGAAGAUCGAAUUCGAGUCUGGUUACAAUGAAUAUAAGAAAGCCACCGUUCUUCCAAAUGGAGUUACCGACAGCGACAUCGUUUUAGUCAAUCUCAAAGAACUGGAUAAUGGGAUUGAUUUGCAAGGUAGCGUUUCUACACCUGGAUUGUAUGUAUUCGUUGUUCAUUAUUAUCAGCCCGAUCAUCCAACUUUUGAAGCCCAAGUUAUUAUCCAAGAUGGCGAGCAUCAUGAAGCUGUACUCCCACUUCCUUACUGCCCAAGUGUUUCUGGCUGCAGGACAGUCGUGCGCUCAAAGGACACUCACGAUACCGCUUUCCAGAUAGCGCAGGAUUACCAACUGAAUAUCAGACAGCCAGCGAAUAAGACUGUUUGGUUUGAAUACGUCCUAACCAUUCCAUCGAAGGAGUUCCACGAAAAUUUACUCGAUCCUCUGCCUCUGGAUAAAGCAAGAAAUUUCCUUCUAGAGUGUGGCAAAAAUAGUUUCCUUCUUCCUUCAGAUGUAUCAGGUUUCUGUCGAGAGGCUGCAUUCACUUUGACAUCCGAAUACAAUAACGGAGCCUUAUCCUGCCAGUGCGACACAGACGGGGCCCUCAGUUUCGAGUGUAAAGAGUUUGGUGGGGCAUGUGAGUGUAAACCGCACGUCAUCGGCCGCACUUGCUCGCAGUGCCGCACCGGAUAUUUUGGAUUUCCCAACUGCAAGCCUUGCGAUUGUCCCUCGACUGCCUACUGUCAGCCGGUCACUGGUCAAUGUAUCUGUCCACCAAGAGUCACUGGGGAUCGUUGUGACGCUUGUGUGCCUUAUACCUAUGGUUUUGAUCCAAUCAUUGGAUGCGAGGAAUGCAACUGCUUUCCCCUUGGUGUCGUAAAUGGAAAUCUACAGUGCGAUUUGGAAACUGGACAAUGCCAAUGUAAAUCGAAUGUAGUGGGCCGAAUUUGUAACAAAUGUAAAGCUGGUUACUGGGCGUUCCCUCACUGCCAACUUUGUAAUUGUGACUUGCGAGGUAGUACGGAAAGUAUUUGCGACGAAGACAGCGCUCGGUGCUAUUGCAAGGAUAAUGUCUACGGCGAUUCCUGCGACCAGUGCAAACCUGGAACGUUCUACCUGGAAGAGGUGAAUCCCCUUGGAUGCACAAAAUGCUUCUGUUUUGGUACAACCGAUCGAUGCUCCAGUGGUUAUUUGUUCAUUACACAGAUCUAUUCAAUGUCUGAUUGGAAAGCCAGUGUUUUGGACAUCAAAAGUGACUUGGCUACCGUGGAUAUGGAGGUUACUCUAUACGAAACUGAGGAUGGUAUUCAAGCUUAUCUCUCUCUGCUACCUGGAGGAACUUUAUUCUACUUCUCGGCACCAUCUCAAUAUUUAGGCAACAAACUCUCAUCAUAUGGUUCCAACAUCGCCUAUACAUUGUUCACCUCAGUGGACAAAAAUGCACUUAUUGAGAGUUCUGUAGGGCCUGAUCUCAUUUUAAUAGGCAACAACAUCACUAUUGUUCACGACCAUAUUGAACAACCUGCAGAUGGUAUACCUUUCAGGGUGGAAGUUUCCCUCAUAGAACACGAAUUUCAUCAUAUCAGUGGACGUGAGGUAACUCGUGAGCAGAUGAUGAUGGUUUUGGUAAAUCUGGAAGCUGUGUUAAUCAGAGGUUCUUAUUUCCAACCUGUUGAAGAAAUCAAAUUAAGCCGUGUAUUAUUGGAUUCAGCCACCGACAACUAUAUAGCCGAUGCUCCACAAGCUCUUCGAGUAGAACAAUGUCAUUGUCCACCGAGUUACAGAGGAAGCUCUUGUGAAGAAUGUGCCCCUGGCUAUUACAGAUCAAAAACUGGUCCCUAUUUAGGGUACUGUGUCCCAUGUCAAUGCAAUGGCCACGCACAGACUUGCGAUGUGAACACCGGAAAAUGUAUUGGAUGUCAACAUAAUACAAUUGGAGAUCAUUGUGAAAUGUGCGAACCUGGAUACCAUGGAGAUUCCACUCAAGGAACACCAUACGAUUGUUUGAUAUGCGCAUGUCCUUUACCUAUCGCUAGCAACAAUUUUGCUGAAAGCUGUGAAGUAUCUCCAAGUGGUCAAGAAAUUAGCUGUGUUUGUAAACCAGGUUAUUAUGGACCAAGAUGCGAAGUGUGCGACCUCGGUUUCUAUGGCCAACCUGAAGUUCUUGGCAGCACCUGCCAGCCUUGCCAGUGUCACGGUAACAUCGAUCCCAGCAAACCUGGCAGCUGCGAUUCUGUUACAGGACAGUGCAUUCUUUGCCUCAACAACACAUUUGGUGCCGCCUGCGAGCUUUGUGCUCCAGGAUUCUAUGGAGAUGCCGUCGGUGUUAAGGACUGUCGAAAAUGCGAUUGCGAUGUAUGUGGAACUCAAGAAUGUGAUCACGAGACUGGUGAAUGCAUCUGCUGGCCUAAUGUUGAAGGCACACGGUGCGAUCGAUGUAAACAAAACCAUUGGGGAUUCGACUCUUGUGGUGGCUGCAGACCUUGCAAUUGCGGCCAAGCUUCCAGAGGCGAACAGUGUGAUCUGGUCACUGGCCAGUGCCCUUGCCAGCCGGGAGCUGGUGGUCUCAACUGCGAUAUUUGUGAACCGGGCUUUUGGCGAUAUUCUCCGAAUGGAUGUAUAUCUUGUAACUGCGAUGAGAAAUACUCCGCCGGAGCGGUGUGCAAUCCUGUCACUGGCCAGUGCCAAUGUUUGCCGGGCGUUUUAGGUGACAAAUGUGAUAGCUGUCCCUACCGAUGGGUAUUUGUGAAAAAUCAAGGUUGUUUAGAAUGUGAUGUCUGUGUUCAUGGUCUACUGGAUGCAACUGAUGCUUUAGAGCAACUGAUUUCGCCCGUUAUGGAAGAAAUGAAAGAUGUGUCUUUGAGUUACUUCGCAAAUAAACGAUUACAAAAUGUUAAUGCUACAGCAGACACUUUGAGGCUGGGAGUUGAUGCAAUGCUUUUAGACCCAACUGGACUCGAUUACAGUCCUCUAGUUAAUUCUGUUCAAGAACUCGAAAAAAAGAGAGAUGCCCUUGAUCGUGCAGCAAAUCAUGAGCAUUCCGUCGCUGAAACUGUGGAUACUGAUGCUGACCAGACCAGAAAGGAUGCCCUUGAAGUUGAAAAUUUAAUAAGGGAUGCCAUCAAUAAAGUGAAUGAACUCAUAGAGGAGUUGGGAAAACUGGCAGAAGGGCUACAGGCUCAUUUGGGACCAGAUGUUGAUAAUCUCCUUCGCCAGGCAGAAUAUAUACUCGAAGAGCUUAGAAACAGAGAUUUUGAUCCAGCUCAGAAUGGCACCAUCGCUGAAUAUACAGCUGCUGAAGAAUUAUUGGAUCACGUAAAAUCUUUUGAGAUACCUGUUCUGGAAAGCAAAAUGAAAUUUGAAGAAGAAAACGAAAAGCUUAAGAACUUAAUCGCUAUGUUAGAAGAUUUGAAAAAUAACAGCCAACGGGCCUAUGGUGUAGCUGAUGACGCUCAAGCUCUGCAAGAGGAAUUGCAAGCCAUUCCUAUUCAAGAUAUAAUAACUCGAGUGGAAGAGGAUGGUGAAAAAGUAUACGAUAUUUUGAAAAACGCUACUGAUCUCUUGGAUAAAGCAAAAGGAUUCAUUUCAGAUGCUAAGAAAUCAUUUGGGGAUUUGGGCGACGAUGCGGAGCGAUUAUCGCUGGCCAUUAGAGACCUGAAAGACCAGAUACAAGACAUUGAAGAAAGUUUUGUUGAUAUAGAAGAUCCUAUUCGUGAGGCAACUGAACAUGCUGCGUUUUUAGAACAGCAGGCAAAGCUUCUAGACCAGUCCCUAGCAAAUACCAGAGACAGCGCUGACGCAGCUGUGAAAGCAGCCAAAGCGUAUGGCAACAUAGAAGAGGCUAUUAAUGAUGCCUACGAAGCUGCAAAAGCAGCUCUGAAUGCUUCUGAUCUGGCUGGUUCUAUGUCUGAUGGAGUUUUAGACAAAACUGGUGACACUAAAGAAACUACAGGACAGCUUCUGGAAUCUGCCUUUCAACUAGAAGACCAAGUAACAGAUUUGGAACCCCGGCUUCAAGCUGCAAAAGAUGGUGUUCUUCUAAUUGGUUAUCAAAAUGGAAAGACUACAAAAGGACUUGAACAUAUAAUGAAGGAUUUGGAUAAAUUGCCUUUGCAUUCGCUUGGCGUUCUGGCUGGUUUAGCGGCCAACGAUUCGGCUGCCGCAGAUCAAACUGCAAAAAGAGCCGCAGAAAAAAUCGAAGACAUUGUAACCAAGCUACCUGAAGAUGAAAAGAGAGCCAAGGAUGUUCCCAAGGCGGUAGAAGAUGCCAGGCAAGCAAUCAAAGCUGCUCACAGUUACGCUGAUAGGGUUGCCUCUAUUGUCCCUGACACAAAUACGCUAAUUGACAACGCCAGUAAGAAGGAAUCCGCAAUGCGAAUCAUCGGAACAGAUGUGUCAGAGAAGAUAGCAAAACUGCAACAGAAAGUUGCUAUUGCGAGAACACAAGCUAACAGAAUCAAACUGGGAGUGCAAUUCUUCGAGAACACUACUCUUCAAGUCAGGAACCCCGAAGGAAUGGACAAAGCUGCCACUUACACCCAUAUGUCUCUGUACUUCAAGACAAUCGAGAGGUACGGGUUACUCGCAUUCGUUGGCAACGAGAAAGGUUCUCACAACAGAAUGAAACGAGUUUUAACGGAUGAUUACCUGGCUCUAGAGAUAAGAGGUGGCUACUUGGUGCUUGUGAUGGACAUUGGAUCCGGAUCUCAGAAUAUCAAACACGAUACGUAUGUUUCGGACGGCAAAUGGCAUCAAGCUGUGAUUGAAAGGACCGGAAAAACGUGUUCGAUUACAGUAAGAUCAGCGGACGAGCCAGAUUCAGUCGUUGAAGGAUUUUUGCCUGGAACAUACAGUGUAUUCAACUUGGACCAGAAAGUGUCGAAAUUCUUCGUUGGUGGAAUUAAUGACCGCCUGACGCUUCCAGACACAUUGGAGAACUACCACUUUGACGGCUGCAUAGAGGACGUCGAAUUUGGGGAGACCCCUAUAGGGUUAUGGGAUUUUGUAUAUGCGGAGAAUAAUAUCGAAGGCUGCGAGGAGAGAAACGAGCUGGGUGUCCCACCUUCCAACGGACUUAGAUUCAGCGGUUCCGGCUAUGUCAUCCUGCCCAGGAAGAGGCACCAAUUCGCCUCUGAAACGACCAUCAAAAUGCUUUUCAAGACGUACGCCAAGGAUGGACUGCUUUUCCUCAUCGGCAAAAAUAACGACUUCUUUGCUCUUGAAAUGGAAGAUGGCCAUGUCAUCAUGAAAUAUGAAUUGGGAAGUGGCCUGGCUACUUUAAGAUCUCCAGAAACAUAUAACGAUGGCAAAUGGCAUUCGUUGGAAGCUGCUCGUCUCGAUCGAGACGCAAUAUUAAAGGUCGACCAAGUGGAAGUGGACAGUGGUGAAUCUCCCGGAAUUGAAAGCAGUCUAUCGACGACCAAUCAGAUCUUUGUCGGUGGCUAUCCACGCCGACAACAACCGUUCACAUAUCCGAUUACCAACAUUGGAUUUGAGGGUUGCAUAAUGGAUAUGCAAAUAAGCGCAGAGAUAACAGAUUUAAAUAAGAAUAAAGAAGCUCUUGGCGUUGUGAAUGGAUGUCCUGUAACGAUUGCUCGAACAGUUUCAUUCAACAACGUCUCAGCCGGUUACAUAGCAAUGCCACCAGCCAAUCUGCAAAAGUUGGCCCAACUUACAUUUAAAUUCAAAACAGCGAAAGAAAAUGGAGUCAUAUUUUAUGCAGCAAACGAAGACAAUAGCAAUUAUCUUUUCAUCGGUUUGCACGAUGGCAAUAUCAUCAUGAAGAGCAGACCUGGUGGGGAAACCAGAAGUCGUGAUGUAAAAUACAACGACUUACAAUGGCAUUACGUAUCUGCUACAAAAGCUCUCAGGCAGAUGAGGUUAGACAUAGACGACUUCUUCUCAGUAGAGGUAGAAGUACCAGUGGAUGCCUUGGUAUCCACGACUACACCAAUGUAUUUUGCUGGUGUACCGGAUGGAUUCGCUAUAGCCGAAGAUAUUGUGCCUUAUUAUUCGCCUUUCGUUGGAUGUCUCGGUGAUACGACUGUUAAUAAUAUAUUCCAGAACUUUGCUGAUACACAAGAUAAGAUGUUUGUUUCGCUUGCUAGUUGUCCGUUGGAAGAUCCUACGCAAGAGGCUACGCAAGCACCUUUGCCUGUCAUACCACCAGGGGAGCCUGAUGUCGACGAAACAGAAAUUAUUUCAAGCACUACAGCUGCUUCUGUAGAUAUAGAAGGCAGUGCAGAUAUCCCAGAAGGGCCUGAACCCACGCCCGUGGGACAAUGUGCCCUUCCUUUACCACCGAGAAGAGACACUGCCGUCAAACCGAGCGAUGGCAUUCGUUUCGGUAACACACCUUACAGUAGACAACAGUUUAACAAACCAGGAUCUUUCAUGAGCAGCAUUUUAGACGACAGCACGUUUGCCUUGGAAUUCAAGUCAUCUUCAGAUAGUGGUGCCAUGUUCUACGUUGCAGAUAGUAAACAUAUUGAUUUUGUUGGACUCAUAAUGAAGGAAGGCAAAAUCAUAUAUGUCUUCAAUUGCGGCACAGGUAGUGCCUUUAUUUCAUCCCAAAAUAAAUACAACGAUGGAACGUGGCAUCGCGUCGUCUUCUCCAGGCAAGGCCAGGAGGGAAGACUCGUCAUAGACGACGAAGAGGAGGUGAGAGGAACCUCCAUCGGUUCGGCCAACUCCGUCAAUGUGAAGUCACCUUUCUACAUCGGCGGUGUCACAGAAGAAGUGGCCAGAGAAGCGAAGAAUAAUCUUAAAGACAUAAAUUAUUCUUUCCCCGGCUGCAUUCGUAAUGUGGAAGCUCAAGGGGAUCUUUUAACCAGCGAAAAGCCGACGCUGACGAGAAACACGACGGGCUGCUCCAGCAAAGUAGAGGAGGGCACUUUCUUCUCAUCCGAAGGAGGUUACCUAGUCCUUUAUGACAAAUACCACGUAGGUCAACGCAUUUCCAUUACUUUGGACAUCAAACCAAGGAACCUUUCAGGAAUUCUGAUGGCUGUUCACGGCAGACAAGAUUAUUUAAUUCUCCAGCUAAUAGACGGCCGUAUCGAAUUCGGUGUGGAUAAUGGAGCUGGACCUAUAACAGCCUCCUUCAUUCCCACCGACAAGCAUUACCUGUGCGACGGUGAAUUCCACACUAUACAGGUGGUUAAAUCCAACAACUUCGUCACCCUCAGCGUGGACGGAGAAUUUUCUGAACCCGGUAUCGGAGUUGGUGGUGUUUCAUCAACGGAUACCAAAGAUCCAUUGUAUAUCGGUGGAUUACCUGAAGAAUCUUUCACAAAACGUGGUGUAUUGACCACUGAACAGUUUGCUGGCUGCAUGCGCUAUCUUGAGCUAGAUUCAAAACCGCAGAGUUUAGCUCAAGCUAGGGUAUUUGGUCAAGUUACAUUAAAUACUUGUCCUACAAUAUAAAAUUUUAAUAAAAAAGUCAAGCAAUUUU